AUGAAGUUUACACUUCCAAAGGAUGUAUUUCCUACUUUAAUCCUAUCUCAAGAUGUUCAGAAUGCAUUAAUCAAUGAAGCCGAUACUGUUGUGAAAGAGAUUGUUGUUGCAGGUGAAGCUUAUAUUAGAGAAGGUUCAAAAUUAGAACACUCGUAUUGGAAACAUGUGCGUACAAAAGAAGGAUUACGAGUCUUUCGUCAACGGAAAAGUACCAUUAAUCAAAGAAGUUUGGGUUCAUGUUCACCUGUUAUUCAAAGCCCAUCAUGGACACUGGAUCCUUCAUUAUUAAGAUAUGGUGCUUCUCAUAGUAGUGACAGGCAAAUGUCAGUAUCGACAAAUUCUGGAAUUUGUGAAGAUAGUAUCAUGGAAAGGAUGAGACCACGUGGUGUUUCGCUCAUGGCAUUACAUGGAACAAUAGAUGGUACAUUGGAUGACUGUAUGCUUGGAUGUUUUACUCCUACCAAUGAAGCAUGGAUGUUACGAAGCUCACAUAUUAAUGAUCGACUUGAUGAUGCCCGGAUUUUAGCAACCAUUCGAGGAGCUACUCGUCAAGAUCCCUGUCGCUUUCUUGGCGUCAAAUGGUUUGCCAAGGAACAUCCAGUUAUACUGACGGGUAUUGUGCAGCAACGAGAUUUUCUCAUUCUGGAAUCAUCGGGCUUCACACGCGACUCAAAGGGUGAACGACUUGGGUACUUUCUCGUGCAUUCCGUGACACUGCGUGAAAUUCCAGAGCUUUCACACUUGGGCAUUGUUCGUGGAUUAAUGAGCUUUUGCUAUUUGUUUCGCCAGGGCGGACCUGGUAAAGUCGACGUCUUUUGUCGUGGGUUCUUUGACUCUCGUGGUGGAGUGCCAAAUCGGCUAUCGGUUGCAAUUGCUGCCGAUGCUGCAAUCUGUUGUGCGAAUGUUGUGGACUUGGCUUACAUCAAGAAACUUCGAUACCUUGUAAAUAAGAACGCACACAAACAUAUCACAAGUCAUUCUGACAAGACUCGGCCUCGUCGAUGCCAAGCUUGUGACAAAAGCUUGACAAAGUUUUUGCUUCCUGUCUCGGAAAUGGGUACGACCUGUCAGAUAUGCCACCAUUUCAUCUGUACAAAGUGCAGUGUGGCCAAGAAAAUUACUGUGGACGUGUCAGACACUGGCGCAGUUCAGCAGUGUUUUUUUCACUUUUGCGUCAGCUGUUUGAUGAAAGCAAAGCAAUAUUCUAGUUGGGAAAUGGCAGUGAAUGACUUUGAGGCAUUGUCAAAAUCUUUGACUGCUUCAUGUUCAUCCUCAGCGUCUGGGCUACCUCCAACACCUCAGACAGUCACUUACACGCGUAGUGGCAGAUCUUAUUCGACAUGUUCUGGCACUCGUUGCGGCCAGUGA